AUGAAGUUGGUCCCUCCCGGUUAUGCUAAGCAAGGUCCUUUUGUCACAAAAAUUAUCUACUAUAUUCCACUAACCGAGGAGCCGACACAAAAUGAAGGGGAACAACGUAAUUAUAGUGACAGGGAGUAUGACGGAAGUAGAGCCGUAAAAGCUGAUGUCUGGGCCCUCGGCAUAAGCCUAGUCUACAUGCUCACCGGCAAGGUAAUAUUCUACUUAUAUUUUGAUAGUAGCAGUUACUUUUUGACGGACUAA